CGUUAUCAGCUGGCUGCCCGCAAGAGGCUGAAAGCAGUGAAUGGGGACGGUGACAUUUAAUGCUAUCGCAUGUCACUGUGCGCGAAUAUACAAAGGGAAAACGCCGUCGUUUGAGACAGUUCAUUUCGUUGUGUGGCGCAACCGAAAGACUGGAACUCGAGAUAUUCUCCUCCGGUUGAAAACGGGCGAAGCUAUCGAUUAAGUUGGCGUUGGUGAGACCGAAAUCGAUCCGCUACCUUGAGGUGACCGUGUAGCUGGAUGGAAAAGCAGCUCAUUCGCACGUAUAGUUGAUUGAGAAUAUCGUCAGUUGGUUGUUGUCACGGAUCAUCUAACGUUGCUGUGAACAACUACAGCCGCAUUGAAGUCUGCAGUAUGAAUAUUUCUUCGAGGUGGUGUUUAUUCUAAGCGUUUUGGAACCCCCCUCAAAAUGAAAAAGAAAAGUCGUCAUUAAUGCGGAUUUAAAUGCAUCCCGCAGAGGGACAGGCUCUUCGUUACGAUCGGCUUUCUCCAAACGGGAACGUUUUCUUUGAGAAUUCAUUCAUAUUGUGGGGAACUGGAUACAAAUAUUGAACGAACGUGAGGGAUAUUUGAAGCAAUAUGGCUGAUGACUGGGGUUGGGGGCGCUGGCAAAAGCUCUCUAAAGCUUUCAGAUGCUAGCCGUGGCAGAUGGCAACGCUUCUCAUGGCAGCAGCAGCUCUAUAAUGAGUAAUAAUAUCAAUUAUAAUAGAAAUCCGGACUCUUCUGUCUCUAUAUCCAAGAUGGAUGUGAUCAUCCCCUUUUCACCUGACGUUCCCUGUGACAGCAAUGGUCAGCGCAUGUGGUGGGCAUUCCUUGCCUCAUCCAUGGUGACGUUCUUCGGGGGUCUCUUUAUCAUUCUGUUGUGGAGGACCCUGAAAUACCUGUGGACUGUCUGCUGCCACUGCAACAUCAAAAACAAGGAGAAAGUGGCCACUCCGGCGAGUGUCCCAGCUGUCGACCCGGCGAAGGCCAACCCCGACAACAAGGAUGAGGUGCCGGUCAGCGAAGUGGGCUGGAUGACGUCGGUCAAAGACUGGGCCGGAGUCAUGAUAUCCGCCCAGACUCUGACAGGGAGAGUCCUGGUUGUGUUGGUGUUUGCCCUCAGCAUCGGAGCACUGGGAAUUUACUUCAUAGACUCCUCAGACCCUAUAGAAUCCUGUCAGAAUUUCUACAAAGAUUUCACGUUACAAAUCGACAUGGCAUUCAACGUAUUCUUUUUACUAUACUUUGGCUUGCGGUUCAUAGCAGCCAAUGAUAAGCUGUGGUUCUGGCUGGAGGUCAACUCUGUUGUGGACUUCUUCACCGUGCCGCCUGUGUUCGUGUCAGUCUAUCUGAAUAGGAGCUGGCUGGGUUUGAGAUUUCUCAGAGCCUUGAGACUGAUCCAGUUCUCAGAAAUUUUACAGUUUUUGAAUAUCUUAAAAACAAGCAAUUCCAUCAAGCUGGUCAACCUGUGUUCCAUCUUCAUAAGCACAUGGCUCACAGCUGCUGGAUUCAUCCAUUUGGUGGAAAACUCAGGGGAUCCUUGGGAAAACUUCCAGAAUUCCCAGUCACUGUCGUAUUGGGAAUGUGUCUACUUACUCAUGGUCACCAUGUCCACUGUGGGCUACGGGGACGUCUAUGCAAAAACAACCCUUGGGCGCCUUUUCAUGGUCUUCUUCAUCCUGGGUGGUUUGGCCAUGUUUGCCAGCUACGUCCCUGAAAUCAUAGAGUUAAUAGGAAACCGCAAGAAAUAUGGUGGUUCCUAUAGUGCGGUUAAUGGGAGAAAGCAUAUUGUGGUCUGCGGUCAUAUCACGCUCGAAAGUGUUUCCAACUUCCUUAAAGACUUCCUACACAAGGACAGGGAUGAUGUCAAUGUAGAAAUUGUUUUUCUCCAUAAUAUUUCCCCUAAUCUUGAGCUGGAAGCCUUAUUCAAGCGCCACUUUACCCAGGUGGAAUUCUACCAGGGAUCUGUCCUGAACCCCCAUGACCUGGCUCGGGUGAAGAUCGAGUCAGCCGAUGCCUGCCUGAUUCUCGCCAACAAGUACUGUCCUGACCCAGACGCUGAGGAUGCCUCCAACAUCAUGAGAGUAAUUUCGAUCAAGAACUUUGAUCCAAAGAUUCGAAUCAUCACGCAAAUGUUGCAGUAUCACAACAAGGCCCAUCUGCUAAACAUUCCAAGCUGGAACUGGAAGGAGGGGGAUGAUGCAAUCUGCCUGGCGGAGCUGAAGGCGGGCUUCAUCGCUCAGAGCUGCUUGGCCCAGGGCCUGUCCACCAUGCUCGCCAACCUCUUCUCCAUGAGGUCAUUCAUCAAGAUCGAAGAGGACACGUGGCAGAAGUAUUACCUGGAGGGGGUGGCCAAUGAAAUGUACACAGAGUACCUGUCCAGUGCCUUUGUGGGCCUUUCCUUUCCCACAGUUUGCGAGCUGUGCUACGUGAAGCUGAAGUUGCUGUUGAUAGCAAUUGAGCAAAAGUCCGAGACAAAUGAAAGCAGUAUUCUCAUCAACCCCGGCAACCACGUCAAAAUGCAGGAAGGUACCUUGGGUUUCUUUAUAGCCAGUGACGCCAAAGAAGUCAAGAGAGCAUUUUUCUACUGCAAAGCUUGUCACGACGACAUCACAGAUCCCAAACGGAUCAAAAAGUGUGGCUGCAAACGACUCGAAGAUGAGCACCCGUCAACGCUGUCGCCCAAAAAGAAGCAGCGCAACGGAGGCAUGCGAAACUCACCCAGCUGCUCGCCCAAAAUGAUGAGGCAUGACCCGCUCCUGAUUCCCGGCAACGAGCAGAUGUGCGAGAACAUGGACGUGAACGUGAAGCGCUACGACUCCACGGGGAUGUUUCACUGGUGCCCGUCUAAAGAGAUUGAGAAGGUCAUUCUGACCCGGAGUGAAGCCUCCAUGACGGUUCUGAGCGGACAUGUAGUGGUCUGUAUAUUUGGAGAUGUCACGUCCGCUUUAGUGGGGCUGCGAAACUUGGUGAUGCCUUUAAGAGCGAGCAACUUUCAUUAUCACGAACUGAAGCCCAUAGUGUUUGUCGGCUCUCUGGACUAUCUGAGGCGGGAGUGGGAGACCUUACACAACUUUCCCAAGGUCUCCAUUCUGCCUGGUACGCCACUAAGUCGAGCUGAUUUACGGGCCGUGAACAUCAACCUCUGCGACAUGUGUGUUAUCCUGUCAGCCAAUCAAAACAAUAUCGACGACGCGUCACUGCAAGACAAGGAGUGCAUCUUGGCGUCACUCAACAUCAAGUCUAUGCAGUUUGACGACAGUAUUGGGGUGCUACAGGCUAACUCCCAAGGUUUCACGCCUCCUGGAAUGGACAGGUCAUCUCCAGACAACAGUCCAGUGCAUGGCUUAGUUCGACAAGCGUCCGUCACAACAGGAUCCAACAUCCCAAUCAUAACAGAGUUAGUCAACGACUCCAACGUUCAGUUCCUGGACCAAGAUGACGACGAUGACCCGGACACUGAGCUGUACCUCACCCAGCCCUUCGCUUGUGGGACAGCCUUUGCCAUCAGCGUACUCGACUCCCUUAUGAGUGCGACGUACUUCAACGACAACAUCCUGACCCUCAUCCGGACGCUGGUGACGGGCGGGGCCACGCCGGAGCUGGAGGCGCUGCUGGCGGAGGAGAACGCACUGCGAGGCGGCUACAGCACGCCGCAGACCCUGGCCAACCGCGACAGGUGUCGGGUCGCCCAGCUGGCCCUCUAUGACGGGCCCUUCGCAGACUUGGGGGAUGGUGGAUGCUAUGGGGACUUGUUUUGUAAAGCGCUAAAAACAUACAACAUGCUGUGCUUUGGGAUCUACAGACUACGAGACGCACAUAUAAGCGCACCCAGCACAUGCACCAAACGGUACGUCAUCACGAACCCGCCCUACGAGUUCGAGCUGGUGCCGUCGGACUUGAUCUUCUGCCUGAUGCAGUUUGACCACAACGCCGGGCAGUCGCGGACCAGCCUGUCCCACUCCUCCCACUCCUCUCAUUCCUCCAGCAAGAAGAGCUCCUCGGUGCACUCCAUCCCCACCGCCAACCGCCAGAGCCGCAGCAAGGCCCGCGAGGCCCGCGACAAACAGAAAAAAGAAAUGGUUUACAGAUGAACCUGAAAAUGCCUACCCGAGGAACAUUCAAAUCAAGCCUAUGAGCACCCACAUGGCCAAUCAAGUCAACCAGUACAAAUCCACUAGCAGCCUGAUCCCACCAAUCAGAGAAGUCGAAGACGAAUGCUGAGUUUCCAGGGUACAGUACACUGAUGCCACGUUGGAGAGAAAGUUGGGACAUAGUUUUUUUUUUUUUCAAGCCGAGAUGCAAGCGUUUGGAGACGAGUGGUAUUGCAAUGCUUCUUCUGUACCACAGCCGUACACAGUCGAGGAAAUGAAGGAAAAAAUAACAAUAACAAACAAACAGAAGGGACCUCUUUUGUGUAUAUCUUUACAUGUUACUUCCAUGCUUUUUUUGGGAAAAAAAUAUUUUAUUUAUAAAUGUAUACAUAGAGAUGUAUAUAAUUGACAAUCAAUUAAGGAUUGUACAGCCCCCUUAGCACUUUUUGAAUUUACUUUGACAGUUCAAAAGUCUUUCCUCUGCUGUUCUGUUGCAAUAGCUCACAACCUCAUGUGUGCGACCAGACUCUAUGACUUCUCAGUUGUGGGGGAUGACGGCCAUGUUAACUAACACUCCAUACACCACCCGAAAAAAUCUCACCAAACGCGUCUCGAUUGGCCAACUCAGCUUCCUUCUCAGUCACAUGUCCCAUCUCUGCUUCUUUUUUUUCUAUUUGCACUAAUAGUGGUCAAGUUAUUUAAUGAACGAGUCAAUGAUCAAAGACUUAACCCAAGCCAUCUGUGUCGUUUGGGAGAGGAUUUAAAAAAAAAAAAAAGAAAUAAUUGUGUCAACUUCAUUUGAAUUCACCAAACUCCAUGGUACAUAGUAAAGCUUUGCUAGACAGGGUGAUAAGCCUGUGAUCGCUACAGCACUGUUAAGGAGCUCCCCCCCCCCACCGACAUCUUCUCCUGACAGACUACAUGCAUCUGCGUCUAUCUUAUCUCGCAGAGCUGAUGCGGAGAGUCUGAACAAGUCAACCAGCUUUUAUGCCGCAUGGUGUGCUGCUGGGGCCCAGUAAACAUGACAGUUCAGCAGGAACUGCACUCAACUUCGUCUGGGACAUGUGGAGUAGUGGUGAGAGUGCAUAUGCCAUUUUCACCCCCCUCAAAAUAGAUAGCCAGUCCAGGUUGCAGGUUGCAUGUACUCAGACGUGCAAUGUGCGGCAAGAAGUUGGAGGCUUUGUUUUUUGUUUUUUUUUCAACAUACUUACCCAUACUUGGCAAUAUGUUUGGCAUUGCUGCACUAAUUCUGUUGACGUCUUUCCAUCGCCUGUCUAUUCGUAUGGAAGCCUUUCUAUGUGACAUGCGUUGUUUUGGUCAAGGCUCAUGGUCAUGGCCACCUGAUGGCCAUACUGUCCUGACGGGUACUUAAGGGCACAUGAGAAUGCACUCUCUGAUUUGGGCAACAUAGCUGCAACCUAACUGUGAUUGAGCUCGGAAGUCUAAAAUACAUAUUUUUUUCCCUCGAUAAAGACAUUUGUGUCUGUCUCAAAUGUCUAUACCAUGCGAGAGGAAUGCGCUUGAUUGGAUUGAACAGAGAAUGCCACGUUAUUGCGUAAAGGUGGGCAUCAAUGUAACGGGUCUCCCUUCGGCUGUUAGCCGCUGCCUAGCACGAGGUGGGCAGGGAGGCAACGAAGAGCUUGGAUGUUCUCCCUGACCACCUUCCACAGCUAUGAAAGAACCAAAACAAAAAAAUAGACAAGGAGCUCAAUCACAGUCUGCCUAAUAGCACUCACAAAUACUGACUAGGGAUACUGUGCGUAACCCAUGUCGCUUGCUUGCAGAAGAGUCCAACAAAAAGUGCUUAAGAGCUGAACCUCCAGUAACGCCCCCGUGAAGCCAUGACGUUGUGAUGCUAGAACUGUUAAAAUGGGGAUUUGCAGAAAUUUGAACAUGGUUUCAAGUCUUCUGGCUGAUGUAUACAUACGUGCAUACUUAUUUUGUAUCCAUAUGAGCAUAAUCAUUUUGUACUUAUUUUUGUACACAUCAGAGAACUUUAUUUCUAAAUUUUAGCGUUAUAUUGAAUACAGUGCAUCUAUACCACAGUAAAGGCAUAUCAAAUAGAUCCUAACCCCUAGACAGGGUACACGCAGAGACUUCUUCACAGAGAUUGAAAUUGAUGUACAGUACAAGAAGGCCAUAUUAGAGAUACAUGGAAUCAAACUGGAACUCUUCUCUUGUGUCCUUGCAGCGUUUCUCUGAAUCCCACGUGGGAUGCUUUGAGGCAUCUCAAGAGCUUUAUGAUAAAUAUACAGGCUAUAACUAUGAGGAUCUAAAACUGUAAAAUAGGUCACAUUUGCCUAAGCAAAGGGGGGUUCACUUAAACAACAUUGCAGGCUGACUUUUAUGUAAACAAUAAUGUAAAGUGUGAAACAAAGUUAAUAAUAAUAAUAAUAAUAAUAACAAUAGUAAUGAUAGUAAUAAUAGUAAUAAUUAUACAGCCAGGCCUGGACUCCAUAAGGGUAUGAGGAGAGGAGAGGGUGGGACUGGUCUACUGGUAUACGUACUGGGCUUCCUCUGCUGACAGGGCUAAACAGGAAGUGCUUUAUCGAUGAUGUUUGGCCUAAAUUAGGCCUUGGGAAAUGGAAUGAUUGAUUUGCUGAAUGGUUGUCAUGUGCAUAUGCAUAUACUGUAAUUCUCUGGAAACAAACUGUAUUUCGAAAUAAUGGUUUGAGAUUCACCUUUGAGUCAUUAACAGUGAAUUAGCCACAAGAUUGUAGACAAAGAUUUUAUCACUUAUAGUUCCAUUUUUUGAGGAGAAAAAAAUAUAUAAUACAUGGUGUCUAAAUCUGUUGUGUAAAUUCUGCCCACUCUAGACCACAUUUUUUUUCUUUUCGUCUGAAUCAAAAUGAUCUCAGCUUUAAUGUUUGUCGUUGGGAAACAGCAUGUUGAUGCUGUGUCUCAUCUGACUUUGUCCUGAAGUGAAUAUUUGAAUUGUGAUUACACUGGUGUUACACUUUGUAGCAAGUAGAUUUCUUUAAAGAAUAAUGUUAAUGAGUAAUGUUCGUAUAAUUGGAUUUGUCGAUAACAUACUUGCUAGGCAGAAGAAGAAGACGCAAAAA